CCCCACUCGGUGUCUCGUAGUUUAAAAUGGCGGCGUUGAGCAGCGCCGAGUCCCCACCGGCCGUCUUUAACGGAGAGCCGAUGGCGCACGACGCCGAGCGGGAACCGGGGCCGGGAUUGGAGGCGCUGAGCGCGGGGUUCAGCUCGGUGUGCACGGCGUGUUCCGCGUCCGCUGAGGCCGAGCAUCGCCACGACAUUCCCGAGGAGUUAUGGAAUAUCAAACAGAUGAUUAAGCUGACUCAAGAGCACAUAGAGGCACUUCUGGACAAGUUUGGUGGUGAACACAACCCUCCAUCCAUAUACCUGGAGGCUUAUGAAGAGUAUACCAGUAAACUCGACGCUUUACAGCAGAGGGAGCAGCAGCUGCUGGAGGCCAUUGGGAAUGGAACAGAAUUCUGCUCCUCCCCUACUCAAGCACCGCUGGAGUUCAGGUUGGGGGCGAGCCAGAGCGCCUCUGCAAACCCCAACACCUUGGCAGUGUUGCAGACCCCAACUGACGCCACCCGUGCUAACCCACGUUCACCCCAGAAACCCAUCGUCAGAGUCUUUCUGCCCAAUAAACAGAGGACAGUGGUUCCAGCACGUUGUGGGAUGACCGUAAGGGACUCGUUAAAGAAGGCUCUGAUGAUGCGGGGUCUGAUCCCAGAAUGCUGUGCUGUCUACAGGAUUCAGGAUGGAGAGAAGAAACCCAUUGGCUGGGAUACAGACAUUUCUUGGUUAACUGGGGAGGAGCUUCACGUUGAGGUUUUGGAGAACGUUCCCCUGACAACCCAUAAUUUUGUGAGGAAGACCUUCUUCACGUUGGCCUUCUGUGAUUUCUGCCGGAAGCUGCUUUUCCAGGGCUUCCGCUGUCAGACGUGUGGCUACAAAUUCCACCAGCGCUGCAGCACUGAGGUGCCGCUCAUGUGUGUCAACUAUGACCAACUGGAUUUAUUAUUGACGUCCAAAUUUCUGGUGCAUCACCCAAUCACCCAGGAGGAGGUGUCGUCAGAGGGCACCACCCCUGUGUCAGAGGUGUGUCCGUCUAUCCCACCAUCUGACUCCACAGGGUCGCUGUGCCAUCCAACCGUGUCCCCGUCCAAAUCCAUCCCCAUCCCACAAAGUUUCCGGCCAGGGGAGGAAGACCACCGUAAUCAGUUUGGCCAGAGAGACCGCUCUUCCUCAGCCCCAAACGUCCAUAUCAACACAAUCGAGCCAGUCAACAUUGAUGACUUGAUUCGUGAUCAAGGUUUACAGAGGUCUGAUGGAGGCUCUACCACUGGACUCUCGGCCACGCCCCCCGCCUCCCUACCUGGUUCCCUGACCAACGUUAAGGUGCCACAGAAGUCACCGUGCCAACAGCGGGAGCGCAAGUCGUCGUCCUCGUCUGAGGACCGCAAUAAAAUGAAAACAUUGGGCCGACGGGACUCCAGUGAUGACUGGGAGAUUCCAGAAGGUCAGAUCACUCUGGGCCAGCGGAUAGGUUCUGGCUCUUUUGGAACUGUCUACAAGGGAAAGUGGCAUGGUGAUGUGGCAGUCAAGAUGUUAAAUGUCACUGCUCCCACUCCUCAACAACUACAGGCCUUUAAAAAUGAAGUAGGGGUCCUCAGGAAAACUCGGCAUGUCAAUAUCCUGCUCUUCAUGGGUUACACCACCAAGCCACAGCUGGCCAUCGUGACACAGUGGUGUGAAGGCUCAAGCCUCUACCACCACUUGCACAUUAUCGAGACCAAGUUUGAGAUGAUCAAACUAAUCGACAUCGCCCGCCAGACGGCCCAGGGCAUGGACUAUCUACAUGCCAAGUCCAUCAUUCACAGAGACCUGAAGAGCAACAAUAUCUUCUUGCAUGAGGAUCUGACAGUUAAGAUUGGUGAUUUCGGUCUGGCUACAGUGAAGUCACGCUGGAGUGGAUCACACCAGUUUGAGCAGCUGUCAGGUUCAAUCCUGUGGAUGGCUCCUGAGGUGAUCCGACUGCAGGAUAAGAACCCAUACAGCUUCCAGUCAGAUGUCUACGCUUUCGGUAUCGUCCUGUACGAGCUCAUGUCUGGGGUGUUGCCUUACUCCAACAUCAACAACAGAGACCAGAUCAUCUUCAUGGUGGGCCGAGGUUACCUCUCCCCUGACCUGAGCAAAGUGCGCAGCAACUGCCCCAAAGCUAUGAAGAGACUCAUGGCUGACUGCUUGAAGAAGAAAAGAGAGGAACGGCCUCUGUUCCCUCAGAUCCUAGCCUCUAUUGAGCUGUUGGCACGCUCACUACCCAAAAUCCACCGCAGCGCCUCAGAACCGUCCCUCAACCGUGCUGGCUUCCAGACAGAAGACUUCAGUCUAUACGCCUGCGCCUCGCCAAAAACACCUAUUCAGGCUGGAGGCUACGGGGAGUUUUCAGCUUUUAAGUAGUGCUGCCGACUCAAACGCUCAUCCCUGGUCACUUUUUCAGAUGUCUUGUGUUCCUACAGUGGAUUCAUCCUUAAAAACGGGAAAAAAAAAAACACGCCUAGUUUCAAAGAAUGUGCUGUUUUUCUUCCUCUUUACCCUAAAAGCAAUGGUAUUGACGGAAUCACUAUUUUUAAAAAAAAAUUAAUUAAAAGGUUUUUGAUUUUUUUUAAAGUCUCAGCUGGGCAUUACGGCUGAAUAAAAGAACAAAAAUCACCACAACCCAAAACCAGGAAAAGUGCGUAAAAUACAAACAACACUGAUUUGCAGAAACAUGAGGAUGGCCACUGGAUGAAAGAAGAGGACGAAUGAAGGAAAUGAAAGUCUUGCCACGAGAGGAAGGACCUUAAUGACAUUCCGUCCUCUCCUAACAUUGUUACAAGUUAGCGCUAACCAAUCAGAGCGCAGGACCAAGAAAUUAGCGCCACACUUUGACCGGUGGUGUGAUCCUUUUUUUUUUAGAGAGCGCCCAGCCCUGCCCUGCUCGUUGCUCGUUGGGUGGUAUGACGAAAGGUCCAGGUCAAAGCCAGACGAAUUGAAUGUCACUUUAGUUUAGGGACAUCCAGUACAUUCCUUCCCGUUAAAUUAUCAAAAGGACUGACAACACUUGUGACUCUUUUCAGAGUUAUCCAAUAUUGCCCAAGCAAAUAUUAUAUUUAAUAGGACAAGGUUAAUGUGUGAAGCAACAGGCUUAUUCUCAGCUGGAACCGGUUUUCUUUUCUUUAUAAUGUUUUUCCCCCAGCUCUUUAUACAUGGUUUGUGUGAGCUAAAUGAAAGGAACUCGGUCUCCGUGUCACACAGCAACGGACCCUGGAGCAUCGUGUUGCAGGUUUUACCAAACCUUCAGGUGUCCCAUGUUCAUUAAGUAAACGAGCUGCUUCACAUUUUGGUGAAUUAAGGGACGUGUAUGAAAAAGACUGUUGAUCUCAGAUCAGUUUAUGGAUAGCAGUUGCUGAUUCAGCAUCAGCAUGUUUAGUUGCACACUGUAGAUCUUUUGUGUCGUGUCCGAAGCGUAUGUUCUUUGCUGCUGCUACCCUCACUGUGAGGUGGCUGUGUGAAAAUGUUGCACUCGCAGACAUCCCCAAGCAAAAUUUACGCUUCAUCUUUUCUUCCUGGCUUUUUGACUUCAGACUUCGAUGGAGGCGGGCCAUCCUUGGAGCCUAAAUGUUUGAAGUUUGAGACUCCUUCAUUCCAGAGUGUUUGUUAUUAAAACGUUUAUUUUUAUGUCAUUUCAUUUUGUUUCCAUGGACAGGCAGGCCUGCAAAAAGUAGAUUUAUUUAUGUAGUUUUAAUUUUAUUGUGUGUGUUUUUGUUUGUUGUGUUUUUUUUUUUUUUCCUCUCUCCACCUCUCGGAGAGGGUUAUUUUUAAGUGUUUGUUUUCUGUGAUUGCGUAAAUGGAUGAUAAGCUGUGUGUCCUUUGCACUUUUUUAAAGCAGAUUGAUGCAAACAAGCAAUUUGCCUUUCUAUGGACAGAACAUUUUGUCAGAGCGUUUAAAGCAUGACUAAAAAAAAAGUCUCAAUCACAACAGCUACAUAUUAUGAGAUAUGGCCAAGAGUAUAAAGCUAAAUAACAUCAUUUGUGAUGGUGAUGAAAGCGUUUGGUUUGCUAUUUCUGAUAUAAGACCGAAUGGACGGUGUAGAUCUUCUCUGCUCUUGUUUUGUGAGACUACACAUUUCUCAGUGUCUCACUUCAAGCUAGAGAUCCACUCACUGAUCCUCACACAGGUUGAUUGAAGGCUACAGUUACCCUGAUUCUUGCACUCUGUUACACAGGAAUUACAUAUAAGGACUUGUACCUAAUGGCCUAUUUCUAUUUUGAAGGAUUGUUUUUGUUUUUGUUUUUUCUUUUGUGUUUAUUAUUUUUUUUAUUGUGAAAGUCAUUAAGCAUAAAGCAUCCACAAGGACGUUCAGAUUCUGUUGAAUAUGACCUGCUUGGUGCCCUGAUACAUUUUGAGAUGUUUAAAUGGACUCAUUCUUGCCCACAUGCCAUGGACUAUGUCAAUCCUCAUUUUAGUCGGCAUACACAAAAUGGCAAGAUUUUAAGAGCGCUGUAUUUAUUUUCAAGAGUUCCUUAUUUUAUAUGAGAAUGCUACUAAACAGGUUUUUCUGUCGCUCUGAUUGUGGCACACUUGGGGAUCUUUUUUUUCUUCUUUAUUUUUUUUCUUCCUGUUUAGGACCUGCUAAGACUCAUUUCCUUCUAACACCCUCCUUCUACAUCCUGCUUUGUUUCUUAGUUCGACUCCCUUGUAUCUCCUUUUGUUCCUUUUGCCUUGCCUGCACCUUAAAGCCCUAGUAUAAAUGAAUUCAAACGAGAACCAUCCUAGACGCUUUUGGGAGACUCUUUUCACUUGUAAAUAGCUGUACAAAGAAAAUACUGUCUGUUUGCUAGGAGGCAUGGAGUUAAAACAAACAAUGAAACGAGUUAUACAGUGUUUCCAAUGAAGAAAUAAAGGUUAAGAAAAGAGAUUUUGAUAGAUGAAAUUCUGAAAAAAAAUGUGUAAAAAUAUUUAAGACUGUAUAAUAUAAAAGAAGAAAGAGCUUAAUGUAUUUGUUGUGAAUAUGAAAAACCGAUAUAUUAAAGAAGUGCAUGAAAA